AUGGCCGCCUGCGCCGGUGACCCUGCCUGCAGCCUCCCAUGGCGCCCCUCGCUGGAGGUCAACGACAAGCUCACGGGGCGUGCUGCUUCUCGUCCUCCCAUCGCCGCGCCGGAUCACGCCGCCAUCCCCAUCGUUGAGCUCCGCGCCUCCCGCAGGCUCGACGUGCUCCACCGCCGCGAGCUUCGCGUUGCUGAUGAGCUCCUCCUCCGCUGCACUUUGCUCCCCGCCACGCUGCCAUUUACCUCCUCCUCCGCUCCGGUGCGCGCUGCUCACCGCCGCUGCCGGAAGUCCGCGCCGCCCCUGGCCACGGGGUCGAGCGAGCGCGACGGCCGGACCCCCGGAGACCGCUCCGACGAGGAGGUCGACCACGAGGCGGACACGUCCUCGCCGGAUCCUUUGCCGGGCGGGAGCGGUGGAGGCGACGGCAGAGGCCCGAGUGCAAGGGGUGGCGGCUGUAGCCUCCUCCCGAUCGGAUCGAGAGAAGGGGAUCGAGAGCAGGGGGUUGAUUGCUUUCUAUUUUUGGAUUCAGGGUUUGCCCACUGCAACAGCUUGUGUGCUGCAGGAUCUAGAUCCUUGAUGGUUGUUGCCCGCGCAGCCGAGAAAGACAAAUAUUUAGAAACCAAGGGAGUAAUUCUCAUUGCACGAUGUUGCAGGUCGCUGGCCAAGGGGUACCCGCAGAGGACGAUCUUCGACAACGUCCACGACGCCGGCCUCUCGUUCGGUGUCUACUUCCAGGACGUGCCAACGGUGCUCUUCUACCGCAAUCUGCGCAAGCUCAAGUACAUCCUCAACUUCCACCACUUCCACAACGCGUUCCGGGAGCACGCCCGCUGCGGCUCCCUCCCAAACUACGCCGUCGUCGAGCAGCGGUACAUGGACUCCAAGGAGCACCCAGCCAACGACGACCAUCCCUCCCACGACGUCUACCAGGGCCAGAUGUUCGUCAAGGAAGUCUACGAGACGCUCCGCGCCAGCCCCCAGUGGAACGAGACGCUCAUGAUCCUCACCUACGACGAGCACGGCGGGUUCUUUGACCACGUGCCCACGCCGGUCGACGGCGUGCCUAGCCCCGACGAUAUCAUCGGGUCGCCGCCAUAUAACUUCGCGUUCAACAGACUGGGUGUGCGCGUCCCGGCCAUCAUGAUCUCCCCGUGGAUCGAGAAGGGAACAGUUGUCCACGGGCCGAACGGAAGUCCAACCCCAACAUCACAAUACGAGCAUUCAUCGAUCCCCGCGACCGUAAAGAAACUAUUCAACCUGCCACAGGAUUUCCUGACCAAAAGGGACGCAUGGGCCGGGACCUUCGAAGGCGUUGUGCAAACAAGAACCGAGCCAAGGACAGAUUGCCCAGAACAACUCCCGAUGCCGAAGAGGAUCCGGCAGAUGGAGGCGAAUGAGGAGGCAAAGCUAAGCUCGUUCCAGCAAGAGAUCGUGCAGCUGGCUGCGGUGCUGAAUGGGCACCACCGGCUAAGCAGCCUGCAGGAAAGGAUCAAGGAGAGAAUGAACGUGAGGGAAGGAACCUCCUACAUGAGGAGCGCCAUGAGGCGGUUCUUCGAGGCCAGCAUGUCGGCCAAGAAGAUGGGUGUCACUGACAGCGAGCACAUCAUCAAGAUGAGGCCCUCCCUCACCACAAGGACCUCCUCCUCCGCCCAAGAUGAUCGUGUGUAGAGAACAUACAUGUAUACAUACAUAGGAGAAAAUUGAUGUUUGAGA